CCAACUUCGCCCUCGACCCUCCGUGUUUUCUUUUCCGGUUACAACGGCAGAUACUGCAAUCCCGCAGUUAAUUUGAAAGGAAUCACUACAGCAACGCAACUGAUACUGAUACUGAUAGUAGAGGAUUAGGGUUUUUAGCUUAGUGACGAGAGGAGGGGAGAACUGAGAGGGAGCACUAAUGACGACUCGAAUCGCUCCAGGAGUGGGAGCGAACUUACUCGGUCAGCACGCGGCAGAAAGGAACCAAGACGCCACCGCUUACGUCGGAAAUCUCGAUCCUCAGGUCGGUGAAGAGUUACUGUGGGAGUUGUUUGUUCAAGCCGGUCCUGUUGUUAACGUGUACGUUCCAAAGGAUAGAGUGACAAACCUUCAUCAAGGAUACGGUUUUGUUGAGUUUCGAGGUGAAGAAGAUGCUGACUAUGCUAUCAAGGUUUUGAACAUGAUUAAGCUUUAUGGGAAACCAAUACGAGUAAACAAGGCAUCCCAAGAUAAGAAGAUCUUGGAUGUUGGGGCAAAUCUUUUUAUUGGCAACCUUGACCCUGAUGUUGAUGAGAAGCUUUUAUAUGACACCUUUAGCGCAUUUGGAGUGAUUGUCUCAAAUCCCAAGAUAAUGAGAGAUCCCGAGACUGGAAAUCCCCGAGGAUUUGGUUUCGUUAGUUAUGAUUCUUUUGAGGCAUCUGAUGCAGCUAUCGAGGCAAUGACUGGCCAGUAUCUUUGCAACCGGCAAAUAACUGUCUCAUAUGCAUAUAAGAAGGACACUAAGGGCGAGCGACAUGGUACACCAGCAGAGAGAGUCCUAGCAGCAAGCAAUCCCACUGCCCAGAAGAGUCGACCCCACACUCUCUUUGCAAGUGGACCUCCAACACUCCAUAACGUUCCUCAGGCAAAUGGCUCAAUGGGUGCACCAAUGACUCCACUACCCUUUACAGAUGGCGCAACUCGAGUUCCAAUUCCUGCUGUUCGGCCACAGCCCCCACAGAGUGCCGCCUUCGCACCCAUGCAGGUGGCAGGACAACCAACUUGGCAGCCGCAGCCUCCACCUCGGAUGGCCCCACCUCAGUUCAUGGGUCAACCUGUAUUCGGAGGAAUGCCGCCGCCGCCUCCCCCACAGGGAUUUUCUGUCUUUCCAAGGCCUCCCCCACAGCCAAUGACAAUGGGAGUCCAGCCACAAUUUUGGCGGCCACCUCCUCCCCCUCCACACCAGGGAGGAAGGCCGCCUGUUCCACAAAUGUCGAUGCCACCUCCCCCACCCAAUGCGCCUGCGCCGCCUCCUCCGCCUUCUAUUUGAAGACCCAAGGACCCUUUGUGAAAUCUGUAAGCAACACCAUCUAUUGCUCUCGAUGUUUUUUGUGAGCUCGUUGCAUUUGUAGGAUAUUUGGUUGGUUUGUUAAGCAGUGUAGGCCACCUGAAAGUUUUUCUUUUUCUUAACUGGGUAUGGCUCACUGCUUUCAUGCAAUCAAAGUGAGAUAAUAAACCACAUGAAAUAUCACUAUCCCCUGUCAAACUA